UCAGAGUUUCAGAUCUCUGUGGGCAGUGUGAGGAAAAGGAGACCCGGACCAUAGGACACUGUGUAGGGAUCAAGAUUGGCAUUAAACAUGUUGUAUGUAAGGAGAGGGUUUGGGGAUGAGAAAAGCCAACUAAAUGAAUUAAAUAAACGUUUGGACCAGUACCUCUCUAGAGUGAGGCAGCUUGAAGCAGAGAACCAGGUACUGGUGGAAGAAAUCCACAGACUUCGCCAGGGAAGAGGUGAGGAGUGGACGCAGGUUUACUACAAUGAAUUUUGCCAGCUGAGGAGACAAGUGGAGGACCUGAGCGUACAGAAAUGUGAAGCAGAACUACAGAAGGACAACCUUUGCCAAGAACUUCAGGACCUGCAAGAAUUAUGGGAGCAAGUGAGGUCCACGAGACUCAAAAUUGACCAGCAGAUACAACUUUACAAGCAAGACCUGCAGCAAGCAAAAAGUAACCAGGCAGCAUUGGAAGGACUGUAUUUUCGUCUCCAGCAAGAAUGUCAUAUCCUUCAAACUUCUCAAAAAGAGGAAAUAUUUGCCUUGAGAGAUCAGGCUCUUCAGUCUCCUUUGCAGAUUACUAUGCAGGAGGUUGUGCGACCCAGGCUGAGCCUAACGGAUGUACAGACCUUGUCCUUGGAGCUUUCAGAGUCCUGGAAGGAGACUUACAUGGUCUACCAGAAGAAGAUUGAGGAAUUAGAGAACACACUGAGGUUGGAUGUAGAAGACCGUCUUGGGGUGGAGGAGGAGGUCAGAGUACAGAAACUACAGUUAGAGGAAUUGCGCAGAGAAUACGAGGAGCUCCUGGGAAUCCAGAAAAUACUGUCAAAGGAGCUGUUGAGGAUGAAAGAGAAGUACAGGCUGGAGGUGGAGGAGUACCAGAUCAUAAUAGAAGAGUUGGAGAAUGAAAAACAGACUAUUACUAUAAUCAUCACUGAGCGUCUCAAGGAUUAUCACGAUCUGGCGCAAGUGAAGACAGGACUCAGCCUGGAAGUGGCUGCUUAUAGGGCACUGCUGGAGGCAGAAAGCAAAAAGGGUACAGUGAUCUGGACAGAACAUUCAGUGAGGGACAGACCUGCAGGAUACGUAACAUCAGCCUUUGAGGAAUCAACAAAAUACUCUCACAGAGGAACUGAAUACCCAAUUACAAGACGUAAAGAAGAAAUAAGAAGAAAAAUAGACACCACAAAUGUAGACAGAUUCCUAACUCGUACUGUACCACAACAACAAAUUAGGUCAAAAUAUUCAAACAUGGCUAAUGCAAGUAGAGAUUAUGUAUCACAUGUAUAUGAAAAUACAACUCAAGACAAAAGUAGAAGACGGGAUACAGGUUUUCCCUCCAGAUAUGACAUAUCAAACAAGAGCGAAUUCCUACAAUCUUCAUAUCGCCCAGUGCAACCUACAGUUAGAACAACAUUUUCACCAACCCAGUCUACAUUCAUUAGUGAAACAUGGAAAGAUGAGAAAGUUGUAGAUCUUAAACCAGUGGCUCGCCCAAGAACUCAUUCCAAAGACGCCAAAAAAGUAGAUGUACAUAAUAGGAUAGGAGACAGAAAACAGGAAUCCAUCUCCCAAAAGACUUUAGAAACAAAAGUAACGGAAGAAAGUGAAGUAACAUCAAAGCCUUUCAAAGAAAUACAACAAACCUUGGAAACUAAUUUCCAGUAUACAAAAAAAGAUAAAGUGAUCAGUGAAGAAGCAGCAAGUGUAACAGAAUCAGUGAAGGAAGAGAUGAUUCAGGAGCCUAAACCACAAGAGCUUCCUGUGAAAAAAGAAAGGAAGAAAAGGGAACAAGCUAAAAAAAGAAAGGAGGAGCUAGAAAAAGUAGAAGACAAUGUUGCAGCAGAGUCUAAGGUUGACAUCCAUGAGACCACUCAUGUGAGGAAAACAGCAGAAACAGAUCAACAAAUUGUAUUAGAGAUACCAAUAAAACUGGAAACAAGAAAAACUGAAAACAGUGCACAAAAAAGUUACAUGGAGGAUAAAGCACAAGGAAAUAUUAGCCAUACAUAUCUGAAUGACAAAAGCACUUUUCUAGGAAAUAUAGAUAUCCCUUAUUCGGUCGAGAAGAAACAACAGGACUCUGAAUUCAAAACAACUAUAUUUGGAGAAAGUAUUCAGAGAGAACAAGUUGUCCUGGAUAUUCCAAUACAGUAUGAAGACAAGAAAAGAGAAGUUAGAUUAGAAAUAGAGAAUGGGGGUCAUGCAGAACACACAAGGCUUUCAGGAACUAAAACUAAUAUAAAUGAAGACGCUACUUUUCUAAAAAACGAAGAGACAAUCAAAGUGAAUGAAAAGUAUGAAGGUGAUGCAAAGUGCACAGUGGAAUCUGAAUUGUCAGCCAGUUCAUCAGAACACAGUGGAAAGAAAGCUAUGGUUGCAGAUAUUCUAAGACAGUUUGGUCAACCCACUGCUCUAGAUGAUUCUAACGUAACCUACAUGGAAAAGGAGGAGCAAUGUGGUGAUGGCUUUGUAAAAACACACAUCUUUGUGGAGUCUAAAACAGAAGAAGAACUUGAUUUGUUUGAUGAACCUGAUCUAAGAGAUAUAUGGAACACAACUACCCAGUCACCAUCAAAAACUGUACCAGGAUCAACUGAUAGCUUGCCUGAGGAAAUAGAAGGGAGAACAACAAAGAAAACAAUCUUGAAAGAUGUUACCGGAGCACAAGCAGAAGAAUGGAUAGGAAAUGUAAUACACUCUGGAUUAAAGACAGGGACAGGGAAGUCAAUUAAUGUUGAGAUAGUUGAGGAAUCAUUUGGAACAUUUGAAUAUGAGAAGGGAGAAUUACCAACCCCAUUUCAUGUGGAAGAAGCAGAUACCUACAAUAUUGAAGAAUCAGCCACUUCUGAACAACAUUCCUCAAUACCACUAGAAAAGCUACAGGAUGACACUCAGCUCAGGGAAGGUCCAUCUAAAGUUGAAGAAGUAACAGAGGGUGAGCAUGCUGAUGAGGAAAUAGAUUACUUUGUUUAUGAUCCUGAAGAUAAUCCAUACCUAGAAGAAGAGGAGGAGGAGGAAGAGGAGCUUUUACGAGGACAGAUUCACACUGAAGAAGAAUCUCAUCUUAAGUAUUCCUGGCAAGAUGAGUUCCUACAAGGAUCCCAAGGUCGUAAGAGUUUGAGUGAGCUUCUUAAAAAUGCCAUGGCUGCUGAGCAAAGCACAGCUGAUAAAGAUACUUCUGAUGAAAGUGGAAAAAGUUUGAGUAAUGAAGACAGAAAAGAUCAGUCAUACACUGAAAGUGUUACAAUUGAGAGAAAGAUUGAAGUGCCACAAGAAAUGAAGUCAUCAAUCAUUGAUCUUUUGUCAAAAGAUAUUAAAGAUCCACAGGAAAAACUGAAAGGGGCAUUGGACUGCCUACAAGGAAAACUUCCACAAGACCUUGUUGAUGAACUGUCAGCACUAGCUGGAGAGGAACAAACACAAAGCAGCAGUUUGGCAGUGGAUAUAAAAAAAGUUGGACAAACUGGAGAAAGUGGUAUGGUUACAAUUGUAGCAGAAAUUAAUGUAUCACAAACAGUAGACACUGAUGAUAUAGAUAUGUUAGAGCUGGUUAAGGAUGUUCAAAGUGAGGAGGCAACCAUACACUUAAAAUCAACUGAUGACUUAAAAUCUUUCCUGCAAACACAAAAUGAAAACUUUACAUUUGCAAAAGAGUCUGAUAACUACCAGGAAUCGGAUCACUCUGUCACCAUAGGAGCAAAUAAUCGUGAGGAACAAUACACUGAAGAGAUUAGUAUUAAAGGGCCAACUACCACAAGUAUCCAUAUCAGUCCUACUAUAGAACUAUCUACAGGGCAAAUCUCCACUGAUAGAAGCAAGUUCAUAAAACACAUCGAACUUAGCACUCAUGAGCAAGUCACACAUGAGGAAACAGGAUCUGAACAUGGCUCAGCUAGUGAACUGUCUCCAACAGAAAUAAACAGGUCUGAGCAUCACUUCAAAAUUGGGCCCAGGGAAAUGCUCUCUAAGAAGCAGAUAAUCUUUGAGGGCCCUGUUUCAGAUACACUUAAAUUGGACAUAGUGCAAAAUACAGAAGACACCUCAGAUCAAAACAAAUCUAUUAGACAUAUCAAAAUAAGUCCAACAGAAAAUUUCCCAGCAGAACAGAUUAUAUUUCAUGGACCUAUUUUUAAAACAGCGGGUAUUGGCCAUAAUAUCACAGAAGGAUUAUCCAUUAAAGAUGACAAUUUAAGCCAAGUUCAUCAGAAAUUGGUUUAUAAGGAAAACCAGAGUGGAGAUCAAGAGAAAUGUAAUGAUAAUAUUGCUGGCGCAAGUAAAACUGUUUCGACUUUUAAGAUCAACUCUAGUGACACAAGUAAGGAAAUUAUAUUGGAAGGAUCAAUUCCAAGACCUAAUGAUCUUAAUAUCACUUUAGACACCAAUGAUAAUGAUAAUCCUAUUGAAUUUAACUUUGCCACUCAAAAAGUCCAAGUAGCAAAACAAGUUAAGUACCAGGGUUAUGUUUCUGGACCACAGUCACCUGAAGAAACUGAGAGUUUUGUUCAGUCGAAAGAUCAGUCCAGCAUCAAUACAUCUGUUCACCACAUUAAAUUAAGUCCAAGCAGAGAGCAAAUUGUUUUUGAAGGCGCCAUUUCACCUAAUUUUCAAAGCAGAGGUGAAGAUGGUUCCCACAUGGAAGAUAAAAACAGAUAUAUUAGACAUAUCCAGCUAGGAUCUCCUAAUAGUCAAACCAUAGAACGUAUUUCUUUAGAAGGACCAACUAGAGAAUCCUAUGAAUCAUCAGAGUAUGUUGUUUCAUCUCCAUCUGGGGAUUCCACUGAGAGUGAGAGGUCAACUAGACACAUUAAAUUGGGUCCAACAGAGAAGUCAUUCACAUUUCAAAUGGAUAUAACUAAAAUUGCCACAAAACAUACAGGAGAAGUAGGAGCCCAAGAAAGUAGUAUGGUGAUUACAUCUAGUAAGACAGAAGGAAAGCAAGAACUGAGCCAGUCAUACAGUGAAUCAAAGGAUGGUUCAGAGGUGGCAGAGAGUGGAUAUGGCGAGGAAGAAAUUGCUGGUAUCUCUCAGCUUCCUUAUAAUAUCACAUCCCAGCACUUCAUUGGUGAUAUGUCAGAAAUUGACAAAAGUGUGCAGCUGCAAAGAAUGGUCCAUCAGGGUCACAUGGUCUCUGAUGAUAAAAAAGUGGCGGUCGUUUACCUUGAUGAUGACGAAGAGGAGCCUGAUUAUUUACGUCGUUCGUUUUAAAAAAU